CGAACCGGCCGGCUGUUGGUCGAGAAUUUACGGCUAUCGCGGCCUUGCGUCAAAUCAGAUUCUGCACAGCCCCAACGAGGCCUGAAGGCCGUGUCCGUCUGUCAGCGACCGGAUGUCUGCCCCUUCCGUCCGGUCCGCGUGCUGUCUAGGCGUGGCUCGUCGCGACGGCCUGCCGAGGCGGACGGCGAGAGAGAGACAGAGACAGAGACGCGUACACGCGGCGCCGCAAGAGGCAGCACCAAACUGUGCCCUCGCCAGAUGACCAUGCCCGCCCGUGGACUACUGGGCCUGCGAGCGUCAGCGGCAUGCUGGCCCGGCGCAAAAGGCGAUCACGCAGAGCAGCACCUCUUGAGCCAGGCUGCCUGUGACUUGGUUCACUGA